AUGGAGGUCACCAAGAAGUCCGAGCUGAUGGACACCGUGCUGGCGGUGCUCCUCGCGGUCCUCCAGGGUUUCCGGCUGGCGGAGUCCGUCCCCAACCCCUCGCCGUUGCUCGGCUCCAACUGGGGCUCCCCGCGGCGGUUCGUGCACCUGCAGGCGGCCACGGAGCUCAACACUUUCUACCUGGAGAUCACGGCCAACGGCGACGUGCGCAAGACCACCCUCAGGAGUCCCUACACUGUGCUGAUCCUCAAGGCGGAGACCAGGGAGCGCGUGGCCAUCCUGGGCAUCAAGAGUAAUUACUACGUGUGCCUGGACUCCGAGGGGGUGCCCUACAGCUCGUCCGUCUGCCACCGGGACAGCUGCCUCUUCACCCACCGGCUGUUGGAGACCCACCGGGACGUGUACUACUCGUGGCGCAGUGGGAUCCUGCUGGACCUGGAGGGCUCGCGGCAGACCUUCACCCCGGGGCGCUACGUGCCGCCCGGCGCGCUCUUCUUGUCCGAGCGGAACACGGUGCCGCUCGAGCGCCUCACGCACCGCGACAAGCGGACCCGGGGCGCGCAGGCGCAGGUGGACACGGUGGACCCAGCGGACCCGCACAGCGUGUUUCCGCGCACACAGACCGAGGAGGGCUCCGACUCGCGCGCCGUACCGGAGGAUGACGCAGACUGGGACGCGGAACCGGGAGAGGGAGGGGGGGUCGGCGGUAACACCUCGAGGGAGACGCUCCCGGGGGCCCCGUCAGACGACGACCCGUGGCGCGUGCACUCCCCAGGCCCAGGGAGCCCCCGAUUCACCGGGACGACAGGCUGA